CCCGUUAUAUCUGCUUAACGUUAUUUAAUAAUAUAAAAAUAUUUAAAUACCCCUCUGAUCUGUGUGUGCUCUUGUGAGAAAUUUAAAUAAAGACUUGACAAUGGCUGAAAUAUUAUGCGAACGAGACAGUUCUAAAAGAACGACCUACAUUGAUUGGGACGAAUAUUUCAUGGCCAUUGCGUUUCUUUCUGCUAAACGGAGCAAAGAUCCUUGCACCCAGGUCGGUGCAUGUAUCGUUAAUAGUGACAAGAGAAUCGUCGGUAUCGGGUAUAAUGGGAUGCCCACGGGAUGCAGUGAUGACGAGUUUCCUUGGAAAAGGGGUCCCCACACUAGUUUAGAUGCAAAGUAUCUUUAUGUGUGUCAUGCGGAAGUUAAUGCGGUUUUAAAUAAAAAUUCGAGCAACGUUAAAGACUGCACAAUAUACGUUGGUUUAUUUCCGUGCAACCAGUGCGCGAAAGUAAUAAUACAGUCCGGCAUAAAAAUCGUAAUUUACAUGUCCGACAAAUAUGCUCAUAAAGUCGAGACAAUAGCCGCGAAAAGAAUGUUUGAUGCUGCGGGUGUAAUGUAUAGGCAGUACAUCCCAAAGAACAAAAAAAUAGAAAUUAAUUUCAGCGAUAUUAACUGGACUGAGAUGAAUCAAUUACCGGAAACUCCGACAAAACAAGAAGAUUAAAAAAU